AUGUAUAUAGUUUUUGGGAUUGUGUACACACUGUUUGGUUAUAGGUGUUUCAAAGCGAGUAUGUUUUUAACAGGUUUUACCUUUGGCUCUGCCAUUGUGUACCUUAUUUGUUUGCAAGAAUAUUUAAUGCCUCCAUAUGGAAAUGUUGGUGUUGCAUUGUGUGCUGGCUUGCUUUUUGGACUUAUUACAAUGUUGAUUCAAUAUGUAGGCCUUUUUAUGACUGGAUUCCACACUGGACUUUUGUUAGCCAUCGCUGGUUUAGCAAUAUAUGACCAUUUCUUAGAUAGCAGACCUGUUUCGUACUGGAUAUGCGUGGUGGCGUUACUUGGGUCUGGAAUAUUCUUUGCUGUCAUCAACUUGUAUUGGAAGAAAGUGCUAACUAUAUUUGGCACGAGCGUGUACGGCGGCGCUGUGAUUGCGACUACUCUUGACUACUUCUUCGAGAGAUUGAUGAUGUUGAAAUGGCUCUGGGAGCGCGCCAAGCUGGAGCCAGCAGUGCCCCCACCGUGCCGCCUAUCCUGGCUCACCCUCGCCGCCUGGCCCGCGGCGGCCAUAGUCGGGCUGACUGCGCAAUUCGCACUCUCUGCGACCGGCAUCUACCACGAACAGAGUAUAAGCGCACAGAAGCGUCGGCUGAAAGCGCAACAGGCGCGGCCGGUGACGCGCGAGCAGCGAGCCGAGAUGAAGCAGCGCAAGUACAGAUACCUGUACCAAGUGCGCACCGCCCACGGUGACGUCAUCUCGCAGUCGUACGUGCAGGCGUUGCAGAAGAAGGCGCAGUGCGCCAACUGGACCGGCGCCGGCAGUGGCAGCGGCGGCGGCGAGUGCAGCACCCUGCAGAGCGACUCCACCCACCUGACCGUUCUCGCCGGCUCCGAGCACGCCCCGCCCACCGACUCCGACGACGAGCUGAACCAGAUACGGGCGGUGCAA